CAAAUAAACAAAACUCCAUUAAAAAGCUCCUCCCAUCUCUUUUGAUUUACCAAUGCAUACCAAUAUUCAACAAAACCAAAACCCAAAUCAACAUAAAAAAUUAUAGAGGAAAGCUAACAUUUUGAUUCACGGCAAAAUGUAAGAUAAUUAUGGUUGUUUUUUUAUGGUUAAUUCGCAGAUGAAAGGACCAGAUGUAGAUCGGCAGUGGAGCUUCUUGUUGUUGUGAUGUGGUCGCCGGUAGUAUGUGUUGCUUAUUGUUGUUAUUGAAGAGGUUUAGAUCUAAUAUUGUUCAUGAUGUCGAUGCAUCACCUCAAUCUUAUUAGGAGAACCAACAAUACCUUCAACACCAUUCUGAAACUUCCAUGAAGAAACUACAACUAGCUUUAUUCUUACAGUAACCUUAGCAUGGUAAUGACAUGGUUUCCAAUCAUUACCAACGCUUUCACUACCUCUAGAACUAGAAAAUAACUCUGACCGUCACUAGUACAAAAAGAAUAAUAUAAUUUGUAAAUUUACACCCGUUUUACAAAAAACGGGUGUAAAAAGCAAAUGCGGUGGCAGUUUUGUAAAUAAAGUCUUAUUUUGAAUUUUAGUACGUAACAAUAGACACCCUAUUUUUAAAUAACGGGUGUAAAUUCAAAUAUUAUUUAUUAUCAACUCUAUAUUACACCUGAUAUUCAAAAAAAGGGUGUAAAUUUAAAAAUAAAAAUAAAAUAUUCGUGCCUUAAACAAUAACUUUUAUUAUUCUUAUUUGUUUAAUCUUAAAUUUUCGUAAAAAAAUAAUAAAUUUUAAUAUUAAUAUAUAACAAUAGACACCCUAUAUUUAAAAAUAGGGUGUAUAAUUAUAACAAUAUAAAUUUUUUUGGGAUUCUUGUAGUUGUAUCAUACCCUUAGAAAUUUCACAUUUUUCUUCUCAGAUUUCGUUACUUUAGCCUUUAAUCUUUAAUAUUUAAUCGUUAACCCCAUUUUGAGAAAUCACCGUUCCAGGGGUUCGGCUUUAGUAUCAUUUCAGUGAUUUUGAAGAAACCCUAGCUUAUUGGUUGAGUUUAGCUUACUGUACAUUCUUUUUCGGUAGAAUUUUUUUGGGAUUUGAAUCUGUAACAUGAACAAUAGAGCGAGAUAUCCACUUGGGAAUGGGUUAGGUCGAGGUGGUGGUGGCGGUGGCGGAGGGUUUCAACAGAGACCAAAUCAACAACAGUAUGUGCAGAGGCACAUGAUGCAAAAUCAGCAUCCACAACAACAAUACCAGCAGCAUCAACAGAAUCAACAAUAUCAGCAGCAGCAACAACAACAGUGGCUGAGAAGGAACCAGUUGAGUGGAACUGACACCAGUGUUGUGGAGGAGGUCGAGAAGACUGUGCAGUCUGAAACAAACGACUCUAGUUCACAAGAUUGGAAGGCAAGACUAAAGAUUCCACCAGCUGAUACACGCUAUAGGACAGAGGAUGUGACAGCAACUAAAGGAAAUGAGUUUGAGGAUUACUUUUUGAAGCGUGAGCUGCUAAUGGGAAUAUAUGAGAAGGGGUUUGAAAGGCCAUCCCCUAUCCAAGAAGAAAGCAUUCCAAUUGCCCUUACUGGUAGUGACAUUCUUGCUAGGUCUGAUAUCUGGUCGCGUUUCUAUUGUUUUUGUCUGGCUGAUAAACUUCUCUCCCCAGAGUUCCAGCCUUCAAUUGAGCAGCUGAUUCAAUUUCUUCCCUCAAGUCGUCAAAUCCUUAUGUUUUCAGCUACAUUUCCUGUUACUGUAAAGGAUUUCAAAGAUAGAUAUCUUCGUAAGCCGUAUAUCAUUAAUCUUAUGGACGAGCUAACUCUGAAGGGUAUUACCCAAUUUUAUGCAUUUGUGGAGGAGAGGCAGAAAGUCCACUGCCUAAAUACUCUUUUCUCUAAGCUGCAAAUAAACCAGUCAAUCAUCUUCUGCAAUUCAGUUAAUCGGGUUGAACUCCUUGCCAAGAAAAUCACAGAACUAGGGUAUUCAUGUUUCUAUAUUCAUGCUAAGAUGUUGCAAGACCACCGUAAUAGAGUUUUUCACGACUUCCGCAAUGGUGCCUGCAGAAAUCUUGUUUGUACUGAUCUUUUCACUAGGGGAAUAGAUAUCCAAGCAGUGAAUGUUGUUAUUAAUUUUGAUUUUCCCAAGAACUCAGAGACAUAUCUGCACAGGGUUGGCCGAUCAGGGAGGUUUGGACACCUUGGUUUAGCAGUGAACUUAAUAACCUAUGAGGAUCGUUUCAAUUUGUAUAGGAUUGAACAAGAACUUGGCACUGAAAUAAAACAAAUUCCCCCAUUCAUUGAUCAGGCCAUAUAUUGUCGGUGACCGGUGGUAGAUACCCUGUUUGUAUUCUCAACUGUGGUGAAUAGCAUCAUCGCAUGACCUGAUUGUCACGCAAGCAGGUGUGAAUGCGCUGCACGAGGAUUCAAUAAGUUAGGGUAUUGUUAGACCCCUCUGUUGAAUGUUUUGUUAUUUAUUUAUGCUUUUAAGAGCCCUGGAAAAAUAAUUAGAACCUAAAGUUUAAUAAUGGGUUUUUAAAUGCCAGACAUAUGCUUGGCUCCUUGGAUUGCAUUUGCAAAUUGGUUAUUAUUAAUUUUUA